ACUUUUUCUAACCACUGAGAAAGUUUGCCAUCAUGCCCGAGCCCGCCAAGUCCGCGCCCGCCCCGAAGAAGGGCUCCAAGAAGGCGGUGACCAAGGCGCAGAAGAAGGACGGCAAGAAGCGCAAGCGCAGCCGCAAGGAGAGCUACUCGGUGUACGUGUACAAGGUGCUGAAGCAGGUGCACCCCGACACCGGCAUCUCGUCCAAGGCCAUGGGCAUCAUGAACUCGUUCGUCAACGACAUCUUCGAGCGCAUCGCGGGCGAGGCGUCGCGCCUGGCGCAUUACAACAAGCGCUCGACCAUCACGUCCCGGGAGAUCCAGACGGCCGUGCGCCUGCUGCUGCCCGGGGAGCUGGCCAAGCACGCCGUGUCCGAGGGCACCAAGGCCGUCACCAAGUACACCAGCUCCAAGUAGACUCGGAAGUUAGCUCCUUGACUCCUAAUCCCAAAGGCUCUUUUAAGAGCC